UCUUCUCGUUCCUCAUCUCUGCUGCCUCGGCGUCCGAAAGCGGAACAGAGUGGAAGUGCCAAGAGGCAGAGAAGAUGGUCGAGACGAGACGUAGCGCCGCCGCCGGGAAGCGCUGCCCGACUUCGCCGUCCGUCUUGUCUGCGGCUCCCCCCAGCGCGAAGCGCCCAAAGGUAGAGGCAGAGGUGCCGCCGCCGACGCCGGCAUUGGGUAAGGAAGACCCUGUUAAUGUCGAGGAACUUGCGCCGGCUCCUGUAGAUGACGCUGUCGUCUCGAAGAUGACUUCGCCCGAUGACGCCCUCCCGGUGGUGAUGGAGGGGGUUGCCCCUCCCGGAUUGCCUUCCCGAGAUCAUGUGGACUGUUCUCUGCAAUUAGAUCUGCUGGUGGAACAAACCAACGAAGAGCCACCAAGUGCCGUCGAGUGGUGCAAGCUUAUUUCCCUGUUCUCUCAGAAUCCUUCCCAUUCAAUCUGCCGUCCCCAAUUCACUGUCGGUCAUAGCAAAUUUUGUGAUUUGCAAUUGCAUGAUCCAUCUGUUGGCACAGCUCUAUGUGUUCUGAGGAAAGCAAAGCAUGAUGGUGCAUAUGUUGCAUUACUUGAAACUACUGGGGCAAAAGGACUUGUGCAAGUAAAUGGGAAGACUGUUGAUAAGGAUUCUAUUAUCCUUGCUGAGGGAGAUGAAGUUGUCUUUAGCAGACCAGAAAAACAUAUUUAUAUUUAUCAGAGACUUUCUGAGGUGAAAUCGAGCACACCAAUUUUACAUACUUUACACCGUUCUUCAGAGGCAAUGGAUGGUUCUGCAGAAGGACCUAAAUUUGCGGACAGAACUGCAGACCAUGCAACAACUGCUGUAGUUUCAACGCUAGCAUCUUUGUCAACCUUGAAGAAGGAUUUAUAUGUUGUUCCUGAAUCAGCAACUAGUGAAUCUUUAACUGAGUUGGAGUUAAGUACAGAUACCCACAAAUUCUUUGAGGAUCAAAGGGAGGAAUUUGACUCUCCAGCAAGUUUGCCAUUAAGUAGAUCCCAGGCAUUUAAGGAUGGCCGAAAACAGGGAAUUAUUGAUGCUAGUGAUAUUGAAGUUUCUUUGGAUAAUUUUCCCUACUAUCUGAGUGAGAACACAAGACAUCUUCUCCUAUCAUGUGCUUUUGUUCAUCUAGAACGUAAAGAGUUCUUGAAGUAUACAACAGAGAUAUCAUCUUUGAGCCAACGUGUACUAUUAUCUGGCCCACCCGGAUCUGAAAUCUAUCAGGAAACUUUGGUAAAGGCACUUGCCAAAGAGUUUGGUGCUAGAAUGCUCAUAAUAGAUUGUUUUACACUGCUGGAUGUACUUCCUUUGAAGGAUUCAGAGUCCUUUAAAGAAGUUAAAAAAUUGGAUGAACCAAGCCUCCCUGGGAAGCAACACACUGCAUUAUCUGCUUGUCGGCACCGUAGGAGACAGGCUUCUAGUGUUGAGGCUGAUAUCAUGGGUUCAUCUCUCUAUGACCUUGAAUCUUCAGUAAAUCAGGAGGCAUCAACUGCUUCAUCAAAAUCCUACCCAUUCAAAAAAGGUGAUAGAGUAAAGUAUGUGGGUUCAAUGCAAUCAAGAGAAAUUCCUCUAGGCCCAAGAGGUCCAAAUUAUGGUUAUCAUGGAAAAGUAAUCCUUGUGUUUGAAGAAAAUAGAUUCGCCAAGGUUGGAGUUAGAUUUGAUAAGCCUAUUCCUGACGGUAACAACCUUGGGGGCCUUUGUGAAGAAGACCAUGGCUUCUUUUGUACUGCUGACUCUAUUCGCCUAGAUACUUCUAUGGAUGAAGAAACAGCAAAACUUGCAUUAAAUGAAUUAUUUGAGUUUGUAUCCGAAGAAUGCCAACAUGGCCCUUUAAUAUUGUUUCUCAAAGACACUGAAAAGUUUGUGUCAGCUAGUACAGAUAUAUUCCUAUUUAUGAAGGGUAAGAUUGACUCCUUGCCAGCAGGUGUUCUUGCUGUCUGCUCUAGUACCCAGAUGGAUUGCCACAGAGAGAAGGCACAUCGUGGCGGUCUUCUUUUUACAAAAUUUGGACGCAACCAAGCUGCAAUGAUUGAUUUUGCUUUCAUGGAUAGCUCCACUAGGCUGCAUGAGAGAAGCAAAGAAAGUUCGAAAACAACGAAGCAACUUGUAAAGAUUUUCCCAAAUAAGAUUAUCAUCCAGCCACCUCAGGAUAAAGGACAUAUUUUAGAAUGGAAAAAGAAGUUGGAUCAUGAUGCUGAAACACUUAAAGCCAGGUCCAACAUUCUAAACAUCCGGCUUUUCCUUAAUCGCAAUGGAUUAGAGUGUGAUGAUCUUGAAAAGAUAUGCAUGAAGGAUCAAACACUUUCAAGUGAAAGUGUGGAUAAAAUAAUUGGUUUUGCUUUUAGUCACCAACUUAAGAACACAUCUGAAGCAUCUGGAAAGAAAACAAAGCUCAUUCUUUCAAUGGAAAGCAUCCAGCAUGGUCUCCAUAUGCUGCAAAGCUUUCAAAGUGGUUCAAAGAGUACCAAAAGAUCACUCAAGGAUGUGGUAACUGAGAACGAAUUUGAGAAGCAACUUCUUGCUGAUGUCAUUCCUCCUAAUGAUAUUGGAAUUGCAUUUGAUGAUAUAGGAGCUUUAGAAAAAGUUAAAGACACACUGAAGCAGUUGGUGAUGCUUCCUUUGCAAAGGCCAGAAUUGUUCUGUAAAGGACAAUUGACAAAGCCAUGUAAGGGGAUACUGCUCUUUGGUCCUCCUGGUACAGGAAAAACAAUGCUCGCUAAAGCUGUUGCUACAGAAGCAGGUGCAAACUUUAUCAAUAUAUCCAUGUCGAGCAUAAGUUCAAAGUGGUUUGGCGAAGGGGAGAAAUAUGUGAAAGCAGUGUUCUCACUAGCAAGUAAAAUUGCUCCCAGUGUUGUUUUUGUGGAUGAGGUUGACAGCAUGUUGCGUAAGCGUGAAAAUUCUGGAGAACAUGAAGGCAUGCGGAAAAUGAAAAAUGAAUUUAUGGUAAACUGGGAUGGUUUACGCACUAAAGAUAAAGAACGUGUGUUGGUUUUAGGUGCAACCAAUAGACCCUUUGACCUUGAUGAGGCUGUGAUAAGGAGGUUUCCACGAAGAUUAAUGGUAAACUUACCAGAUGCUUCCAAUAGAGAAAAGAUACUUAGAGUAAUAUUAGCCAAAGAAGAUCUAGCGCCAGAUGUUGAUUUAAAAGUUCUGGCAAGUAUGACUGAUGGAUAUUCAGGAAGUGAUCUGAAGAAUCUGUGUGUUGCUGCUGCACAUUGCCCCAUUAGAGAACUCCUAGAAAAGGAAACGAAGGAUAGAGAUGCAGCUUUGUCUGAGGGCCGACCAUUACCUGCUUUGCAUGGUAGUGAUGACAUUCGUGCUCUGAGAAUGGAUGAUUUUGAAUAUGCACAUGAACUGGUUUACUGUAGUGUUUCAACUGAUUCCUCCAACAUGGCCCAGCUUCACGAGUGGAAUGAGCUGUUUGGGGAAGGCGGAUCGAGGAAGAAACCGGAACUCAGCUAUUUCAUGUAGUAGAGUAAUCUUAUUUUGUACAGGAAUGGUUAUAUUGCUAUAGAUGCCAAUUCUUUUCAAACUCAUAUAAUUAAUUUACAAAUCCUGAGUCAUUUUAGGUCUAUUCAUUUAACAAGAUGUAAGUUAAUAUUACUUGUUAGGAAUUUGAGUCAUUGUAAUUUUUUACAUGACAGAGUCAUUUGCAAAGUCGAUAAACUUUCGAAACGAUGAAAACAGGAUCAGUUUUAUU